CCCCACACAGUCCUCUCCCUCUCUCUCUCUCAUCCCCACCCUUCUCUUCCAUCCCACCCCCAGGCGUAAAAGUUCUCCGAGGAAAGAUCAAAAUACACAGAUAAAAGUCGAGGAGCCAUCGGAGGGGGGCAAAAAAAAAAAAAAGAAUAGGAAAAAAAAAUGCCUAUGCCUUCGUCCCUUCAAAUCCACAGAAUCACUCCUCCUACAACCACCAAUUCCGCGGCCAGCCCGGCCGCGGCAGCCAUCAACUUUCAGAAACACGGCCAGCCCACGUGGGUGAUUCCAGUGCCCAUCUCUGUCCCCGAGAAUGUCUUGCACUGCCACACCCACGCGGUGGGUCCCAACCAGUGCUGCUCCGCGGCUGUGCAGUCCAUCAUGGCUCCUGUCGACACCGUGUGGUCCGUGGUGCGACGCUUCGACAACCCUCAAGCCUACAAGCACUUCCUCAAGAGCUGCCACGUCAUCGUCGGAGACGGCAACGUGGGAACUCUCCGAGAGGUGCACGUGGUUUCUGGUCUCCCCGCGGAAACCAGCACCGAGCGGCUGGAGAUUCUGGACGACGAAAGGCACGUGAUGAGCUUUAGAGUUGUGGGUGGCGAACACAGGCUCCACAAUUAUAGGUCCAUCACCACUCUCCACGCCACGCCGGACCAUAGUGGGACAGUGGUGGUUGAAUCCUACGUUGUCGAUAUACCCCCGGGCAACACCAAGGAGGAAACUUGUGUUUUUGUCGAUACCAUUGUGCGGUGCAACUUGCAAUCGCUGGCUCAGAUGGCGGAGAACUUGGCCAAAAAAAGCAACAAUCAUGGAAGCCCAGAACAGAAAAGUGGUAGAUUGAUAGUCGGAUUCUGAUGAAUCCUUUGAGGUUGGUUCGCAAGAUGAUUAGUUUGAAGGUGAUAGCUUUGAUACAAACACUCUUGAUGAUCAUACUCAUAUUCAUAUGUAGUACGGAGCGUAAAACUCUUUGUUUCCUCCAUCGACCAUGUAACCAUCGAUCGAUAUGUGUUAGAUGUUUAUGUCACUGUCACAGUCAUUCUCCUAAUUAUCUGUUUUGAUCACCAUCCACAGUGCCUUCCUCCCUGCUUCCAUUUUCUUCUUUAGGUGUUUCUUUACAUUCAUUCAUAUGUAACAAUUCCACUUUAGAAAUGAUUUCUACCAUCGCCUUAGCCUCACACA